AUGUCACUACAAUUCAAGAAAUCAAACAAAGCACGUAACUUGAAGUUAGGUUUAACAGCUGGAGUAAUUGUGAUUGCCAGUAGUUAUUUAGUACUUAAUACAUUCCCACAUUUAAAAACAAGUCUUUAUAAUUAUAUAAGCGGAACCAAAUCAGAAGAAGAAGAAGAGGAAGAAAAAGUAGAAGGAACUAACAAAGACAAUGAACCUAUUGAAUUAAAUGAAUCCGGAGAACUUCCAAAUGGGAUGAUGACCCAAUCUAUUGAACAAAGUUAUGUUAAUGUUGCAGAAUGGUCUGAUGACAAUUUAAAGAGUUAUCUUAUUGAGAAAGAGGUCAACCCUCCCGAUAAUGCUUCUCAUGAUAACCUUGUUACCCUUGUUAGGACAAUUCAAGAAAAUCCUAACUAG